AUGGCGGUGGAAACGCAACUCGAGUCGCCUAUGGUGGGCUCGACUCUGAAACUGGACUCUAGGCCGCAAACACCCACCACAAGACAAUUCCCUUCCACCGCAUCGAUUGUUCUCAUUGGAUCGCGCGGAGCUGGAAAGAGAACGUUGGGAUUUAUUGGGGCAACUCAUCUAGGUCGGCGCCUGGUGACAGAGGAUUAUUUCUUUCAACAAGCAACGGGCAUCUCCCGUGGUGACUUUCUUCGACGGUAUGGAAACCGUGAAUUUUAUCGCAGGAAUGUGGAGGUAUUGAGGCAGAUGCUGGAAGAACACCGCACCGGAUGUAUCAUUGAGUGCGGGAUGGGCAGUCUCUCGAACCAGGCUCAAAAAGCUCUUCGAGAAUUUUCAAAGACAAAUCCAGUCAUAUAUGUCACGAGAGCGAAGCACAGAAUACGCUCUUUACUUCGGCUCAGUGAUGAAGAAUCUGCUCGUCUGGAGACCGCAGAUAUGUCUCACAGGAGUUGCUCCAACCUGGAAUACUACAACCUCUACGACCCUAGCUGUGAUGGCAUUGACACUCCCCCCGAGAACGGGCUUGGAAGUAAUUCUUCGCGAUUGAAAUAUGUCAAGGAGGACUUUUCCAAUUUCUUGGAUUUCUUAACUGGACAAGGUGUGAUUCGAACGAGCUUAGAAAGCCCAUUUUCGAUAGCAGCUCUGCCUCCAGAGUGCAGAUCUCACACCUACGCUUUAUCUCUCCGUUUAUCAACAAUUCCUGAUCUGGACUUGGACCAACUCGAAGCUGGAGCUGAUGCUGUACAACUCAAAAUCGAUAUGUGGUCAGCUGAUCUUCAGACCAUUAUGUCGAAGCAAGUUGCAAACAUCAGACGAAAACUCGGUGUACCUAUCAUCUUUCACGUUGAGGAUUAUGUUUUUGGCGAGUCGUCGCUCUCGACGGUAGAAAAAGAGCGUGCUUAUUUUGAGCUUCUCGAAUGUGGGCUACGUCUUGGAGUCGAAUACCUGGUGGCGGAUCUCAAAUAUUCUUCGGAUCGUGUUGCUCAUCUUGUUCGCUCUGCAGGUCCUACCAAGAUUAUCGGUCAUUAUUUGGCACGAGAAGAAAAUUCUUGGGGAUGGGAUGACGACAAUCGCAUGAUCCAAUACCGGAAAGCUCAGUCGUUGGGAUGUCAUAUUGUACGCUUCGUUCGUGCAACUUCGAAACCAAGCGACAACGACACCGUCCGGGACUUUUUGAAAAAGGUUGAAUAUAUUCCGGAUAGAUUACCGGUGAUUGCAUACAAUCUGGGAGAACAUGGACGACCUUCUCUGAUUGCCAAUCGAAUUUUCACUCCAGUCACACAUCCCCUCAUGCAGACCACCAUAAGUAAAGCCAAAGUGCGUCAGUUCCUUCCAACAGCCGCUGAAGCUGUUCAAGCGCUAUAUCAGUCUAGGAUUCUUGAUCCGCUUCAUUUCUUUCAUUUAGGCGCGAGUGUGUUCUACAGUCUGUCUCCUGCCAUGCACAUGGCAGCUUAUCGAGUGUGCGGUAUGGAUAACGAUUUUCGAUCACUUCAAGUGUCUUCACUUGAACACAUCCAACAAAUCUGCCAGGAUCCAUCUUUCGGUGGGGCAGCAAUCACUCAGCCAUUCAAGGUCCAAACAAUGAGCAGAAUUGCUGCGAAAAGUUAUCAUGCAAAGGCUAUCGGAGCUAUCAAUACGCUGUUACCACUGCGGUUGCUUUCAAACCAUCAGUCCCUCGAUGGAAGCAUGCAUUCUCUCCUUCGACAAGCAAAUCAAAGAGGUAAAGCUGGUCGCAUUGUUGCUUACUAUGGCGACAACACGGAUUUCAUUGGUAUCAUGACUUGUAUCCGUCGCAACAUUUCCCCAAGAAAUGUCGUUCAGCCGUCAAAAACGACAGGACUUGUGAUUGGUGCAGGAGGUAUGGCUCGGGCAGCAAUAUACGCCUUAAUACAACUAGGCUGCAGAAAGAUUUUUCUCUUCAACCGUACAGUUGAGCAUGCAGAAGAAGUUGCUCUUCAUUUCAAUGCCUGGGCAUCAGGACUGAGCAGUGACGGUAAAGUUGUCCAUGUCUUGAGAUCCGCUCGAGAAGAAUGGCCAACGGGAUUCAGACAACCAACGAUUAUCGUUUCGUGUGUCCCCGCUCGAAGUGUAAAUGAUGAAGCACCAGCAAACUUCGAGAUGCCUUUACAAUGGCUUCAAAGUCCCAGCGGAGGUGUUGUUGUUGAGUUAGCAUAUCUACCACUCGAUACGCCAUUGUUGAAGCAAAUUCGCAUGGUACGAGAGGAAACCCAACAAGCGUGGGUGAUUGUUGACGGACUUGAGGUUCUACCUGAGCAAGCGAUCGCACAAUUCGAGUUAAUGACUGGAAGGAAAGCUCCGAAGAGGCGCAUGAGGAUGGAGGUCCUCGAGAACUAUCAUCGAUAUGAGUGA